UCGAGCAAAGCCAAGGAGAAGAAGCAGAAACGGCUGGAAGAGCGGGCAGCCAUGGAUGCCGUCUGUGCCAAAGUGGACGCCGCCAACCGGGUUAAACGUCUCCAUCGAAUGUAAGCGUGUGUCUGGACUGGAGCCAGCCACCGUGGACUGGGCCUUCGACCUCACCAAAACCAACAUGCAGUCCAUGUACGAGCAGAGUGAGUGGGGCUGGAAGGACCGAGAGAAGCGUGAGGAAAUGACAGAUGACCGGGCCUGGUACCUCAUUGCUUGGGAAGACCAUUCCGUCCCUGUUGCUUUCUCUCACUUCCGGUUCGACGUGGAGUGCGGGGAUGAAGUCCUGUACUGCUAUGAGGUUCAGUUGGAAAGUAAGGUGCGACGGAAAGGCCUGGGCAAGUUCCUCAUACAGAUCCUGCAGCUCAUGGCCAACAGCACACAGAUGAAGAAAGUUAUGUUAACAGUAUUUAAACACAACCAUGGCGCCUACCAGUUCUUCCGAGAAGCGCUACAGUUUGAAGUCGACGACUCUUCCCCCAGCAUGUCUGGGUGCUGUGGGGACGACUGCUCCUAUGAGAUCCUGAGUCGCAGGACCAAGUUUGGGGACAGUCAGCACUCCCAUGCAGGUGGGCACUGUGGGGGCUGCUGCCACUAAACGGCCAGAGCCCCGAGAGGCAGACCCCGUGCUCCUGAGGCCCGUUCUCUCCCCGCUCACUGGCUCUCAGCUGUGGCCUCAGCCCCACUUGGGCCAGGCUGCCCUGGGAAGCAUAGACCGUGGGGAG